AUGGUUUGGCAGAUUUGUCUAUUCAUCUUUUUGGCUACUAGUUGUUCUGAUGGACGUUUUCUCCCCAGUUCAAUUUUGGAAAAGGUAGCCAAAUCUAUAGAAAUGCUGGAGAAAGAAUUCAACACCAGUCUGCCUGAUGUCGCUGAGGGUCCACCUCUUUUUAUAGGUCUACUGAAGAGCGAACUAUGGGAAAAUGCCAAAGAAAAAAAUAUCUUAUUUGCCCAGGUGAUCUCCAUGUACUGGAAAAUGCUGAGCAAUUCAAGCAAAACACAAACCUCAGAUUACAUCAAGGAUUUAUUAGAAGCCCUGAAUGAAUAUAAUGUACAAUACAAUAAAAGCCUGCAGAAAGCAAACGAUAUAAUUGCAUUGUCAAAGCUUCCGAUGCACGAGUUGAAAAUCAAGCGCAAGGCAGCAGCAGAGAUUUACCUGGUUUUGCGGGAGGUGAACAUAGAAGAGAACAAACGAAAGAGGAAGAGAAGACAAAAUCCCCAAGGGCAGAAGGCAUACAGACCACAUCUCAGAGGAUAG